AUGGCAAAAGAUAAAAAGAUCAAGAAUGCUUUCAAGCGAUCUGAGCAACAUCGUAAAACGAAGAGGGAAAAGGAACAAGCUAAAUUAGCUCGUCGUAUGGAGGUCAAGAAGGCAGAGAAAGACAAGGAAAAUGGUGCAGCUUUGAAGGCUGAAAGAUUGGCUAAAAACGUCCCUAGAACAUUGGACAACUCUCGUCAAUUCGACGCUACUUCUUACCUCACCGCCGAUCCAGCUACUUUACGAGAUCUGGAGGAAAAAGCAGCCAGGGCAAGUAGAAUGAUCAAUGGCGAGGAGCCAGAGGAGGAAGAAGAUGAAGAAAGUGAUGGUGAUAAUGGUGAGGAUGAUGGAGAUGAAGACGAGGAAAUGCCGGAAGCUGGACCUUCAAAUCCCAAAACACAUCGAUCAAAGGAAAAAGAGAAUGGUGAUGUAGAUGAAGAAGAAGAGGGUGAAGACGCAGAUAUAGCGGAAGAAGCUGGAGCUGGUGAAGAAGAAGAAGGAGAUCAACUAGAAAUCAUACCUGAUCAACCUCAACUUCCACCAAAAAUACUUAUCACAACUUCCGCAUCGCCAUGUAAAAUGACAUAUAACUUCUGUGAUGACUUGAAAAAUGUAUUCCCUGGCGGUGAAUUCUUCAAGAGACCUAGAGGUAGAGGAUACGAAAUUGGUCGAUUAGCCAGAUGGGCAGCUAAACGAGGAUAUCAAGCGUUCAUAGUCGUGAACGAAGAUCACAAGGCGCCUAAUGCUAUAACGCUGAUCAACCUUCCUGCUGGACCGACGGCGUACUUCAGACUCAGUAGCGUUAUCUCCAGUUCUCAAAUCUACGGUCAUGCUCGUCCAUCGCCUCAUUCCCCGGAACUUAUCCUGAACAAUUUCACAACUCUACUUGGUCACAGUGUUGGUAGAUUGUUCGGAUCACUCUUCCCUCCUCAACCCCAAUUUAGAGGAAGACAAGUUGUGACACUGCAUAACCAACGUGACUUCUUGUUCUUCAGGCGUCAUCGAUACAUGUUCACCUCUCCCACGUCUGCCAAGUUGCAAGAGAUUGGACCACGAUUCACCCUUAAAUUGAGAUGGCUUCGUAAAGGUUUACCAUCAGUCACAGCUCCUGACGGUCGCGCACCUGCAGGAGAGAAUGAUGAUGAGGAAGUUGACGUUUCGUCAGAUGAGGAAGUUGAUGCAGCUGAUUUAGCAGCAAAGGAGAAGAAAGACGAGGAUGAAGCUAUGGCUGAGAUGAGUAUGCCCGAUAAGCAAAAGAAGAGUAAGGAUGCAGGAAUCAAGGUUCCCGGAUUGGCAGAGGAAGGUGAAUACGAAUGGAAAUGGAAGCCCAAGAUGGAAGUUUCGAGACGAACUUUCUUCUUGUGA